GGGGCGGGGCCUGAAGCGGAGACGGGGCUGAGGAGGCAAAAAAGAUAGGGGAGAGUGUCCCAGGGAAAAAAAGGGAGAGAGCGGGACCCUAGAGGGCUGAGGAGAGGAAAAACGGCGGGAGGACCAACGGGGACAAGAAGACGGGAACAGGAGGGAAGCACACCGAGAGGGGAAACCUGCCUGACCUGAGGACAGAACAGGAAGGAAGCAGAUCUUGCCACCAGUGUCAAUGCUGAACUCUGGCUGGCUCCACCAAGAGGACAGUCCCAUCUCCAGGGAGUUAGUUCCUUCGGCCAACUCAGAUGACUCAGGCCACCUGCCAGAAGAGGACCCUGAGGAUACCUCUGCUCAGGGUCCUGCACUCCUGAGCUUGGGCAUACCUCAUCAGGACACCAAUCAUGUCCCCAACUGGCCUGGGCUUCAGACCCUCCUGCAGCAGCUCCCUCCACAGGACAGUGAUGAACGUUACUGCCUGGCCCUUGGGGAGGAUGAACUGGCUGAGUUGCGGCUCUUCUGUGUCCAGCGGAAGCAGAAGGCCCUAGGACAAGGGGUGGCCCACCUGUUAACUCCCCAGCUUGAAGGACACACCUGUGAGAAGUGCAGGGAGCAGCUGAAGCCUGGAGAGUACAGCGUGUUUGCAGCCCCAGCAGGCGAGCCGUGCUGCUGGCACCGGCCUUGCUUCACUUGCCAGGCCUGUGGCCAGGCCCUGGUAAACCUCAUCUACUUCUACCAUGAUGGGCAUCUCUACUGUGGUCGUCAUCAUGCUGAGUUGCUGCGGCCACGAUGCCCAGCUUGUGACCAGUUGAUCUUCUCCCGGCGCUGCACAGAGGCAGAGGGACGGCGCUGGCACGAGAAUCACUUCUGCUGCCAGGGCUGCGCUGGGCCCCUCCGCGGGGGACAUUAUGCCCUGCCGGGGGGCAGCCCCUACUGCCCCAGUUGCUUUGAGAGCCGCUACUCAGAUGCGGGCUUGAGCCUGGCGGGGACACUGGAAGGGCGGGCGUCCCUUGGGGAGGGAAGUCCAGACCCAACUGAAAGAAAGGACCACGUCUCGUUAAACGCCGUGUUCACCUCCCGGGCAGAAUUUCCCGCCGCAACCUCCAGCUCCAGCCUGGAAACCCAGAGUGGGCGGGAGCUAGAACGCCUGGAGACGCCCCGUGAUCCCAAGGAGGACGCGUCCUGCCCAUGUCCCACCUGCUCCUCUUCCUCUGAUUCGGAACCCGAAGGCUUUUUCUUAGGCCAGCGUCUUCCGCGGCUCAGGAAGACCCUCGGAAGCUUCCAGGCAGAGGAUAGCGACACCUCCAGGAAGCAUUGCACCAUUUGCUAGUGGCGC